AGUAGUGGAAAGCCUGGGAAUCCAAGCACAUCAGCGGCUACAGCUAUGGCUGAGCGCCGCGCCUUCGCCCAAAAAAUCAGCAGAACUGUUGCAGCCGAGGUAAGAAAACAGAUCGCUGGUCAGUAUGGGGGCUCCCCACAGCUCCUCAAGAACCUCAACGUGGGUGCUGCCGCCAGCAACACCGUUCCUCUCACAGAGGCAGUGGAGCCGGUAGACUUUGAGGAGUACCUCAUCACCCAUCCCCCCAUCAUCGAGUCGGGCCCCCUGAGGGACCUCAUCGAUUUCCCCCCGGAUGACAUCGAGGUGGUCUACACCCCCAGAGAGUGUCGUACCGUGGGACAGGUGGUGCCUGAGGAAGGGGACAAUGACGCCCACGUCAGAGACUGUGUCAGGUCCUACACUGAGGACUGGGCCAUCGUCAACAGAAAAUACCAUAAGCUUGGUACAGGGUUUAACCCUAAUACCCUGGACAGGCAGAAGGAGAGGCAGAAAGGCCUGCCCAAACAGGUGUUUGAGGCCGAUGAGAUGCCAGACGUUAGCACUUACCAGGACGACCAGGAUGAUCUGAAGCGUAGGUCCAUGUCCAUUGACGACACCCCGCGUGGCAGCUGGGCCUGUAGUAUCUUUGACCUGAAGAACUCUGUCCCCGACGCCGUCCUGCCCCACCUGCUUGACCGGGCCCCCAACGAGGAGAUAGACCGGCACAACGAGGAGCACCGCAAGUCCCACCGCCACCGCGAGCUCUUCGCCCUGCACCCCGCCCUCGAUGAGGAGGAACCAAUAGAGCGCCACUGUGUGCCUGACGUCCCUAAAGAACACUUUGGCCAGAGGCUACUCGUCAAGUGCUUGUCCUUGAAAUUUGAGAUCGAAAUCGAGCCCAUAUUCGCCUGUUUGGCCUUAUAUGAUGUAAAGGAAAAGAGAAAGAUAUCGGAGAACUUCUUCUUUGACCUGAAUUCAGAGCAGACUAAAGGGAUGCUGCGCCCCCACAUCCAGGCAGCAGCAAUUUCUACUCUGGCACGCUCCGCCAUUUUCUCCAUCACGUACCCCUCCCAGGACGUCUUCCUCGUCAUACAGCUGGAGAAGGUGUUGCAGCAGGGAGACAUAGGAGAGUGUGCAGAACCGUACAUGGUCUUCAAAGAGUCUGAUGCAGCCAAAAACAAAGAGAAGUUGGACAAGUUGCGGAGCCAGUCAGAGCAGUUCUGCACGCGUCUGGGUCGGUACCGGAUGCCCUUCGCCUGGACAGCCAUCCACCUGAUGAACAUCGUGAACAGCGCCGGCAGUCUGGAGAGAGACACUGAGCUGGAGAUGGGACUGCCAGAGAGGAAAGGUUCGUGGUCUGAGAGGAGGAACUCGAGCAUCGGUGGACGGCGCUCAUUAGAGAGAACCACCAGUGGAGAUGAAUCAUGUAGCCUGACCAGCUUCAGACCUGCUACCCUCACCGUCACCAAUUUCUUCAAACAGGAGGGAGACCGACUGAGUGACGAGGACCUGUAUAAAUUCCUGGCUGACAUGAGGAGGCCGUCUUCAGUGCUGAGGAGACUGAGGCCCAUCACAGCCCAGCUGAAGAUCGACAUAUCCCCGGCCCCAGAGAACCCCCACUACUGCUUGACCCCUGACCUCCAGCAGGUCAAGCCCUACCCAGACAGCAGGGUUCGCCCCACCAGAGAGAUACUGGAGUUCCCCCCCAGGGAUGUCUACGUACCCAACACCACCUACAGGAACCUGCUGUAUGUGAAUCCACACAGCCUGAACUUCGCCAACCGUCAAGGCUCCGCCCGAAACAUCACAGUGAAAGUACAGUUUAUGAACGGGGAGGACCCCAACAACGCUAUGCCGGUGAUUUUUGGGAAGUCCAGCUGUGGAGACUACACCAGAGAGGCAUACACUGCCGUGGUAUAUCAUACCAGGUCCCCAGACUUCCAUGAUGAGGUGAAAAUCAAGCUGCCGGCCUCUCUGACUGACCACCACCACGUUCUGUUCACCUUCUACCAUGUCAGCUGCCAGCAGAAACAGAACACCCCCCUGGAGACCCCUGUGGGAUACACGUGGAUCCCCAUGCUUCAGAAUGGGCGUCUGCGUACAGGAAGCUUCUGUCUCCCUGUGUCUCUAGAGAAACCUCCCCAGUCCUACUCUGUCCUCUCCCCUGACGUUCCUCUACCAGGGAUGAAAUGGGUGGAUAACCACAGAGGGGUGUUCAACGUUGAAGUGACGUCCGUUUCCACCGUCCACACACAGGACCAGUACCUGGAUAAGUUCUUUGCAUUGGUGCAUGCCCUGGAUGAGCACAUGUUCCCUGUGCGGAUCGGAGACGUGCGCAUCAUGGAGAACAACCUGGAGGCGGAGCUAAAGUCCAGCAUCGCAGCACUAAACUCCUCCCAGCUGGAGCCCAUCGUCCGAUUCCUCCACCUCCUAUUGGACAAGCUGGUGGUGCUGGUGGUGCGGCCGCCCGUCAUCGCAGGACAGAUAGUGAACCUGGGCCAGGCCUCGUUCGAGGUGAUGGCCUCCGUAGUGAACCGGCUCCAUAAGUACCUAGACACCAGUCAGGACAUGCACGGCAGAAACAGCCUGCUCUCCUCUUAUAUAUACUACGUCUUCAGACUGCCCAACAUGGACCCCAACUCCCCCUCACCAGGUCCUGGAGGGCUGGGUGGUUCAGUCCACUAUGCCACCAUGGCCAGAUCAGCCCAGCGACCAGCUAGCCUAAACCUCAACCGCUCCCGUAGCCUUAGCAACAGUAACCCGGACAUCUCCGGAACACCCACCUCCCCUGAUGAUGAGGUCCGCUCCAUCAUUGGCAGUAAGGGUCUAGACCGCUCCAACUCCUGGGUGCACACCAUGGGGUGUAAGAGUACCCCCUGGGGAUCCAGCCCUGUCUCUGCCUCUGACACUGACACCAUGCAGGCCAUGGAGCGCUGUGGCAACCGCAUGUCUUCGCACACUGAGAGCGCCAGUUUCUUGCAAACUUUAACAGGACGGUUACCCACCAAAAAGUUGUUCCAUGAGGAGCUGGCCCUACAGUGGGUGGUGAGCAGUGGCAGCGUCCGGGAGGGAGCUCUCCAACAGGCCUGGUUCUUCUUCGAGCUCAUGGUGAAGAGCAUCAUCCAUCACCUGUACUUCACCGACCGGCUGGAGUCGCCCAGGAAGAACCGUUUCCCCGAGCGCUUCAUGGAUGACAUCACAGCCCUGGUCAGCACCAUCGCUGGGGACAUUGUCUCACGCUUUCAGAAGGACCUGGAGCUGGUGGAGCGCCUAAACACCAGCCUGGCCUUCUUCCUGAAUGACCUGCUGUCUGUCAUGGACCGAGGCUUCGUCUUCUCCCUCAUAAAGACCUACUGGAAACAGGUGUCCGCUAAGCUGUACAUGCUACAGAACCCCACUCUGGAGUCUCUGAGACUGGACUUACUGAGGAUCGUCUGCAGCCACGAGCACUACGUUACCCUUAACCUGCCCUGCAGCCUGCUCACGCCCCCCGCCUCGCCGUCUCCCAGUGUGUCCUCCGCGACCUCGCAGAGCUCAGGCUUCUCCACCCAUGCGCAGGACCAGAAGAUAGCCAAUAUGUUUGAGCUGUCUGUCCCCUUCAGAGAGCAGCACUACCUGGCUGGACUGGUGCUGGCUGAACUGGCUGUCAUCCUGGACCCAGAGGCCGAAGGGAUGUUUGGCUUACAUAAAAAGGUGGUCAGUGUGGUACAUAACCUGCUGUCCAGCCAUGACUCUGACCCCCGCUACGCUGACCCCGAGGUCAAGGCCCGCGUUGCCAUGCUCUACCUGCCACUCAUCGGCAUCAUCAUGGAAACGCUUCCCCAGCUUCACGACUUCACAGAGUCCCAUAACCAGUGGGGUCGUCCCGGCGGGGCUCAGGGGGCUCCGGGUGGGGCCGGGGGGGACGAGUCUGGAGAGGAUGGCAACAGCAUGAUCAGUCAGACCGUUGCCAUGGCAAUAGCGGGGACAUCCGCUCCGAUAUCUCGUCCCAGCAGCUUCCUGCUCAACCCACAGGCCAGUCGUCAGCAUGGCACCUUCUCAGCAGAGUCCAGUCGCAGCCUGUUGAUCUGUCUGUUGUGGGUUCUGAAGAAUGCAGAUGAGUGUGUCCUACAGAAGUGGUUCUCUGACCUGUCUGUCUCCCAGCUCAACCGUCUGCUGGACAUGCUCUACCUCUGUGUCUCCUGCUUCGAGUACAAGGCCCAUGUUGUGUUCACCAUGCAGGGGAAGAAGGCCUUUGAGCGCAUGAACAGCCUGACCUUCAAGAAGUCCAAGGACAUGAAGGUCAAGCUGGAGGAGGCCAUACUGGGGAGCAUCGGGGCGCGCCAGGAGAUGGUCCGCCGCAGCAGGGGACAGCUAGGUACACUAGAGAGGAGUCCAUCAGGCAGUGCCUUUGGCAGCCAGGAGAACCUGCGCUGGAGGAAAGACAUGACACACUGGCGCCAGAACAGCGAGAGGAUGGACAAGAGCCACAGAUCACUCAGGUUUAGAGACAGUGUCCUACUACGCAACCCAGGGAGUCGAACCAAAACCCAAAUCCAGGAGCCUUUAGUUGUUAGGACCAGAGCGGAGCUGGAGCACGAAGCACUUAUUGAUGGUAACCUGGCAACCGAGGCCAACCUGAUUAUUCUGGACACUCUGGAGAUCAUCGUUCAGACGGUGUCUGUGACGGAGUCUAAGGAGAGUAUCCUGGGUGGAGUGUUGAAGGUGCUCCUCCACAGUAUGGCCUGUAACCAGAGUGCCGUCUACCUUCAACACUGCUUCGCUACACAGAGAGCUCUCGUCUCAAAGUUCCCGGAGCUGCUGUUUGAGGAGGAGACAGAGCAGUGUGCUGACCUCUGUCUGCGUCUACUGAGGAACUGUAGCAGCAGUAUCGGCACCAUCAGGGCCCAUGCCUCCGCUUCACUCUACCUGCUCAUGAGGCAGAACUUUGAGAUCGGCAACAAUUUUGCGCGUGUCAAGAUGCAGGUGACCAUGUCCCUGUCCUCCCUGGUUGGAACGUCUCAGAACUUCAACGAGGAGUUCCUCCGACGUUCCCUGAAGACCAUCCUGACCUACGGAGAGGAAGACCUGGAACUCCGGGAGACCACCUUCCCUGAUCAGGUCCAGGACCUGGUGUUCAACCUGCACAUGAUCCUGUCUGAUACAGUCAAGAUGAAGGAGCACCAGGAGGACCCAGAGAUGCUCAUAGACCUCAUGUACAGGAUCGCUAAGGGUUACCAGACGUCUCCAGACCUGCGUCUGACGUGGCUGCAGAACAUGGCGGGUAAACACUCUGAGAGGACCAAUCACGCGGAGGCAGCCCAGUGUCUGGUGCACAGCGCCGCUCUGGUGGCAGAAUACCUCAGCAUGCUGGAGGACCGCAAGUACCUGCCGGUCGGCUGUGUCACCUUCCAGAACAUCUCUUCCAACGUGCUGGAGGAGUCAGCGGUGUCUGAUGACGUGGUGUCUCCCGAUGAAGAGGGUAUCUGCUCGGGGAAAUACUUCACAGAGGCUGGUCUGGUGGGGCUGCUGGAUCAGGCUGCUUCCUCCUUCUCCAUGGCUGGUAUGUACGAGGCGGUGAACGAGGUGUACAAGGUCCUGAUCCCCAUCCACGAGGCCAGCCGGGACGCCAAGAAGCUGGCCACCAUACAUGGUAAACUACAGGAAGCCUUUGGCAAAAUCGUGCACCAGAGCACUGGCUGGGAGAGAAUGUUUGGUACUUACUUCAGAGUCGGAUUGUACGGCUCUAAAUUCGGGGACUUGGAUGAGCAGGAGUUUGUAUACAAAGAGCCUGCCAUCACCAAGCUAGCUGAGAUCUCACACCGACUCGAGGGGUUUUAUGGCGAGCGCUAUGGAGAAGACCAGGUGGAAGUCAUUAAGGACUCCAAUCCCGUGGACAAGUGCAAACAGGACCCAAAUAAGGCUUAUGUCCAAAUCACGUACGUGGAGCCGUACUUCGACACAUACGAGAUGAAGGACCGCAUCACGUACUUUGACAAGAACUACAACCUGCGGCGGUUUGUCUACUGCACGCCGUUCACACUGGACGGGCGGGCGCACGGGGAUCUGCACGAUCAGUUCAAACGCAAAACCAUCCUGACCACAUCCCACGCCUUUCCCUACAUUAAGACCCGUAUCAACAUCAUCCACAAAGAGGAGAUCAUCUCCAUGCCCAUCGAGGUGGCCAUAGAGGAUAUGCAGAAGAAGACCCAAGAGCUGGCCUUCGCUACCCACCAGGACCCGUCUGAUGCCAAGAUGCUGCAGAUGGUGCUGCAGGGGUCAGUUGGGACUACCGUCAACCAGGGACCUCUGGAGGUGGCACAGGUGUUCCUGUCAGAGAUCCCCAGUGAUCCUAAACUCUACAGACACCACAACAAACUACGCCUCUGCUUCAAAGACUUCACCAAGAGGUGUGAAGAUGCCCUGCGUAAAAACAAGAGUCUGAUUGGUCCAGACCAGAAGGAGUACCAGAGGGAGUUGGAGAGGAACUACCAUCGCCUGAAGGAGGCGCUACAACCACUCAUCUGCAGAAAGAUACCCCAGCUUUAUAAACCUGUGCUGCAGGUCAACUCUCACAGCAAACGGACAGCUUGACCAGAGAUUCCUUCAGCAGAAUGAGUCUCCGCAAGCUUGAACUUUGAAGAUGAAGAGAAAUUGAAGAAUCACAACCUUAAUUUAUUCAUGUGUAAAUACUGAGAGUCAGUGUCUUCAGAAAGUCAGUGUUCCCCAUAGCCAGCGGAAGGAAAGCUAAAGUGUUACUACGAACUCGGUACAUCAUUCCAGUGUCUUAUUCGUUUACAGGCAGCCUGUUACGCAAUCAGUGGGUUUAACAAAGUGGAACUUACUACGUACAAUGUGUCAAAUCUGUAUACAUAUUUCAUGUGUGCACUUUCUUUUUUCGUGUAUCAUUGCAUUUUAUGACUUUAAAGUUUAUUAUUUAAUCCAAAAUGAGAAAAAAAACUAGCAAAAUAUGUGCCACCACUCUUUGUCAUAAUGCUUUCUUUUUAGUUAAGAUACAUUUGUUUAAAGUUAAGGAAAUGUUUUAAACAUCAUGAAUAGUUUUAUGUCGUUUUUGUUUACUUUAAGUAUUUUACUAAAUCAUUAUUUUAAUGUCCAA